AUGGCUUCUAAUAAUAUAGAGGUCCUCGUUCAGAGGUUGAGCUCUGCGGACACUGAUCUCAAACUCAAGGUCGAUGCUGCUGUUCAAUUGCGCGAUGGCCUCGAGCAUUACAUCACCGGUCCCAUAUAUCCGGCAUUCUUAAGGAAGCUCAUGCCAAUUUUUAUAAAUUGCUUGAAGGGUCCUCCUGUAUUUAUUAGCACUAACUUGGAGCAGAAACUUCGAUGUUGCGUCCUGGAGAUACUUCAUCGUCUACCCACGAACCCCCCAGAAUCAUUCGAGCCAUAUGCGGUGGAAGUGGUGGAUCUUUUGAUAGGUUUAGUCCGAACAGAUAACGAGGAAAAUGCUACACUAUGUGUCAAGACUAUCAUGGACAUCAUGCGAAGUCAGACCAAGGUUUUGCAAGACAAAGUACAGACGUUCCUCGGUCUCAUCCAAGAUCUGUUUGACCAGAUGGAUUCGGUUGUUCGUGACCAACUCGAUAAUGUAGCCACUGGAUCUAACCCCUCUGGUGUUCCGUCCACACCUGGAAGUUCGCAGACAUUUCAGAAUUCCCCUCGGCCUGGCUCGCCUGUUACCACUGGGGACAUUGGUCAAGACCCGCAACAGCAGACGCGCAAGCUACUGAAAGGCAUGCAGUCAUUCAAAGUCCUUGCUGAAUGCCCCAUCAUUGUCGUGUCGAUAUUCCAGGUUUAUCGCAAUUCCGUGCCUCAGAAUGUCAAGUUAUUCAUACCGCUCAUCAAAAGCGUACUAUUACUCCAAGCCAAACCACAGGAGCAAGCUCAUAUUGAAGCAGCGAAAAGAGGUACAAUAUUCACAGGUGUUAGUCCGGAUAUCAAGAAUCGAGCGGCUUUUGGUGAAUUCAUUACAGCGCAGGUGAAGACUAUGAGUUUCCUAGCGUAUCUUUUGAGAGUCUAUUCACAACAGCUCACAGAUUUCCUUCCCACGCUACCGGAUAUAGUAGUAAGACUGUUGAGGGACUGCCCCCGAGAAAAGUCUGGAGCUCGAAAAGAGCUACUGGUGGCGAUCAGACAUAUAAUCAACUUCAAUUUCAGAAAGAUCUUUCUCAGAGUAAUAGACCAACUCCUUGAUGAAAGGACACUUAUCGGCGAUGGCUUGACUGUGUAUGAAACGAUGCGACCCCUAGCCUACAGCAUGUUAGCCGACCUUAUUCAUCAUGUUCGAGAUGCAUUGGAACCCAGUCAGAUUCGCAAAACAGUUGAAGUUUAUACUCGGAACCUACAAGAUAGUUUUCCAGGGACAAGCUUUCAGACUAUGAGCGCAAAGUUACUUCUCAAUAUGGCUGAAUGUAUUGCAAAAAUGCCUAGCAAGACAGAUGCUCGCCACUAUCUAAUAAUGAUACUUAAUGCCAUUGGAGAUAAGUUUGCAGCCAUGAAUCGCCAGUAUACCAAUGCAGUCAAGCUCUCGAAGCACUAUUCCCAGCAUACAAUCGAUGCGGCCCCAGAAAACUAUUUAGCAGAUAAGGAUAAUCCACCAGACUGGGACGAGAUUGACAUUUUCUCGGCAAUGCCUAUCAAGACAUCGAAUCCUCGUGACAGGGGCGCAGAUCCAGUAGCCGACAACAAAUUUCUGUUCAAAAAUCUUAUGAAUGGCUUGAAGAAUACAUUCUACCAAUUGAAGGCCUGCAACGGAGGUUCCCCAAUUGAGCUAUCAAAUGCUCCUCCACAUUGGGCAGAGGUGUCACACGGGUUUUCUGCGGAAGAGGUUCAGGUCAUUAUAAAGCUUUUCCGAGAAGGAGCUUACGUAUUUCGAUACUACGAGAUUGAGAAACCUGCGACAGAAUCGCAAUACUCGUCGCCUGUUGAAUUCAUGGCAAACCAUUAUAUGGUAUCUAGCAGCAAGGAGGAAAAGGAUCUCCUUGAAACUUUUGCCACAGUCUUUCAUUGUAUAGAUCCGGCCACAUUCCACGAAGUGUUUCAUGAAGAAAUCCCCAAGCUUUACGAAAUGAUCUUUGAACAUACGGCUCUUCUCCAUGUUCCUCAAUUCUUCCUCGCUAGUGAGGCAACUUCACCAAGCUUUGCCGGAAUGCUGUUACGAUUCCUUAUGGAUCGCAUUGAUCAAGUUGGUACCGCUGAUGUCAAAAAGUCAUCAAUUCUUCUUCGACUCUUUAAGCUAGCUUUCAUGGCAGUGACUCUUUUCGCGAAUCAGAACGAGCAGGUUCUAUUGCCACACGUUGUUAACAUAGUAACAAAGUCUAUCGAGCUUUCGACAACUGCCGAGGAGCCUUUGAACUACUUCUUACUACUGAGAUCUCUUUUCAGAAGUAUUGGAGGAGGAAAGUUCGAACAUCUUUACAAACAAAUUUUACCUCUCUUGGAGAUGCUAUUAGAAGUCCUCAAUAAUUUACUUAUGGCCGCUCGCAAACCAGCAGAUCGGGACCUUUACGUAGAACUUUGUUUAACAGUACCAGCACGAUUGAGCAACCUUCUGCCUCAUCUCAGCUACUUGAUGCGACCUCUCGUAGUGGCUUUACGCGCAGGUUCUGAUCUCGUCGGUCAAGGUUUGCGAACACUGGAACUAUGCGUGGACAAUCUUACGGCAGAUUACCUAGACCCAAUAAUGGCGCCAGUAAUUGAUGAACUGAUGACUGCACUAUUUGACCACCUUCGACCAAAUCCAUACAGCCAUUUCCAUGCACAUACCACCAUGCGUAUACUUGGAAAAUUGGGAGGUCGCAACAGAAAAUUUAUGACUGGUGCCCCCAAUCUUAAUUUCCAGCAGUUUGCGGAUGAUAUCGCGACCUUCGACUUGAAGUUGAUCGGCUCCAAGAAGGAGAAAGCUUUUCCUGUCGAGAUAGGAAUCGACCUCGCAAUCGGGAAAUUGAUGGAGGUUCCAAAGGGUGCUGUUGCUAAAAAAUCAGAUCCUUAUUACAAGAAGCAAGCGCUUGCUAUGAUCAAAGCCCAGCUCAAGUUGCGACUGGGCGCAGAUAAUCUUCCGGAGGACUUUCCUCGUCUCGUAAGGCUCCAGGCACAAGACCUUCUUUCCAAAAAAUCAGAUGCAGAUCUAUCACUUUUCGAAACACCUGUCAGGGACAGGUCUGAGACUAAGAAGAUGCAACAAGAUGUCAUGCUGAAGAAACUUUUGAAGGCUUGCAUCUUUGCAGUAUCUCUUCCCGAAUUCUCGGCAGAGGCUACUGCUCUUCUGUCCAACAUUUGUAAACACGUUACGAUUAUCGAAGUCGCUAGAUCAUUAGGUGAUAUGAAAGUGAGAAUGAAGCCGUUUGAUGUCAAUGCAGGAGAAGGCCCUCCUUGCAUUGACAGUAAAGUUCUAGGGGAUGCCAUCGUCGAAUCUCUCGCUUCCGAUUUGCCUGCUGUGCGUGAUGCCGCCAAGUUUGCUGCCCAAGAGGUUUACGAUUCGACAUCGACCAUCUUUGGGUCCAAUCGCUUCAUUCACAGAUUGUCUUUUUUCAGCCAUUUGAGUAAUAUCUUCUGUCACAGCUGUUAUCAGGAAGAGUGGUUCACCAAAACCGGUGGUAGUUUGGGUAUCAAUCUCAUGCUAACAAAAUUCGAUCUCGGUGAUAGCUGGAUGCUGGAAAAGCAAGUUGAGUAUACUAAAGCUCUCAUGCAUGUUGUCAAAGACAUGCCCCCUGAUCUGCCAGCGAAGACUCGAAUUGCUGCCCAGGAUACACUAGAACUCCUUUUGAAGCGAUGUGCCGGCAAAUCUUCUAAAGCUGAUCUUCAACCUUCGUCACAGCCUGGACAACCUUCACGACCAUCCAAGCUACUUCAACUGUGCAACUUUUUCAAUGCUGAGGUGUACCACAUGAAUGGUCAUGUUCGUGAAACCGCGAGAAAAUCCCUCGAGAUUAUCGCGAAGGAGAUUGGGGUUGAAGUGUACGAGCUUCUUGCCCACCAGCAGGAUCGAAUCUUGGCUCCCAUUUAUAACAAACCUCUCAGAGCUUUGCCAUUUGCAACCCAAAUUGGAUAUAUCGAUGCCGUCAAUUACUAUAUGAGUCUGAAGAACGACUUCCUUGCCUUUGAUGACACUUUGAACAGACUGCUUAUGGAGUGUCUGGCGUUAGCUGAUGCACCAGAUGAGUCGCUAGCGCCUAAGCCCACCGAAUAUCGAACACAUGAGCAUAUUGUCACUCUCAGAGUCUCUUGCAUAAAGACCUUGACAACUGCCAUGGGAUUCGAUGACUUCCAAAAAGGCCCGGCAAGUCCUACUCGAACUAGGAUUGUCAGUGUAUUCUUCAAAUGCCUUUAUUCUAAUUCCAAGUCAACUAUUGAGGCGGCCAAUGAUGCGUUGAGAGUCGUCUUAUCCCAUUCCAACAAGCUUCCCAAGGAUCUACUUCAAAACGGCCUCCGACCGGUACUGGCUAAUCUUCAAGAUCCUAAACGGUUAACUACUCAUGGUCUCGAUGGGCUAGCACGGUUGCUUCAACUUUUGACAACAUAUUUCAAGGUUGAGAUUGGUGCCCGUCUAUUGGAACACAUUAGAAUCCUUGCAGACCCAAACUCUUUUCAGCGUAUUUCGUUCACUCUCGUAGAGCAAAACGAGCAGAUGAAGAUUAUUGCAGCUGUAUUCAACAUCUUCCAUCUCUUGCCUCCUGCGGCCGAGCAAUUUAAGGAGAAACUUAUCGAGACUGUUUUGGAAUUGGAAGAAAAACUUCGUAGGACACGCCAUAGUCCUUUCAGAGAACCACUAUACAAAUACAUCAAUCGAUAUCCUAAAGAGGUGUGGGCCAUGCUUCUCAGCAAGAUCGAGGACCAAAAGUAUGGCAGGUUUUUGGCGCAAGUUCUGGGUCAUCCCGAUAGUGCACCGCUACGAGCAGUCGUAGUUCGCAAUAUAGAUUCUUUGAUAAAGAGCUGCGGGGAUAUGGGUGCAGAAAACAGAGAAACUCGAUAUGCAGCCGUCAUUAAUGCUAUCAAUGUCAUGCACUCCAUCUGUAACUUCAAGGGAACCGAACUUUGGAUGGAUAAAAAGGAGAACUUAAUGUGGUUCAGGCUAGUUGGCAAGAACCUUGAGCAGCAUCUACGCACUAAUACUCUUCCACAAAAUCUUCGACUGGCAGCAGAACAAGCAGGACAACAACUUAUGAUCAUCUUCACAAAGUUCCUGGAAUACAAUCCUCGCGACCUAGAUUCAUUCUUCAAUCUAAUUGAGUCCGUAACAGCUGAAGAUUUCAAGCCUAACCAGCCAAUCUUUGAUUUUAUUUACAAGUCCAUAAUUUGCAGCGAAUCGAUCGACUAUCGUAAAGCUAUUGUCCUGCGAAGUCUGGAGAUCUACGUCAGUAAAGCUGCAACGCAGAGAAACAAGACAUUCCUCCUCCACAAUCUUGUCAAUCCAAUAAUCGCCAUGGACAUUAUGCGCAACUUUCAACAGCCAUUGUCGGCCAAGAGUCCCCGUCUCAUAGACAGGACGAUUAUCGAAUCGAUACAUACCAAAGUUUGGAAGGUCGGUCUGCCAGAUCCAAGUGAUGAUCUCACACAACCAGGAAUCGAUCAUACUCGAAUGGAAUUGUUGCAAUUGACAGCCAUGCUCGUGAAGUACAAUCAUUCCAUCCUUCAAGAAGCCAGGAAAGACAUCAUUAAGUUUGGUUGGGGCUACAUCAGGCUCGAGGAUGUCAUUAACAAGCAUGCGGCAUAUGUCGUUAUUGGAUAUUUUAUUGCACACUACGAAACACCUGCCAAGAUUGUCCAACAAGUGUACUUUUCUCUUCUCAAAACGAAUCAAAACGAAGGACGGGCUUUGGUCACUCAAGCAUUGGAAUUAAUUGCUCCAGUCCUACCCAAACGUUGCAAUGCUGUACCUGGAGAUCGCAACCCCGUAUGGGCUGCUGCUCCACGUCGCAUACUCGCGGAGGAAGGCAACAAUGUGCAACAGAUGACAAGCAUUUUCAAUUUCCUUGUGAAACAUGCAGAUCUUUUUUACGAAUCUCGUGACAAGUUUAUCAAUCUCAUAAUUGGCUCCUUGCGAAAAAUUGCGUUACCGCAAACAAAUCCAAAUCCAUCCAACGAGAGCAAGAAGUUGGCACUGCAUUUGAUGUCAUUGAUAUGGCAAUGGGAAGAGCGCCGCGUUCAGGGGAAGUCAGCUUCUCCAGAAAGAUCUUUGUCCGAAUCCCCAAAUACAAAGAAAAGAAAGCUCGACAGUCUCAACGAGGCUCAGACUUCGUCUCCGUCACCAUCCCGACCUGGAGCUGCUUCGAAUGAUAAGCCAGAGUAUCAGAUACCCUCUGUGAUGCGUGCAAAGAUGAUCAAGUAUCUUGUUGAAUUCAUUGCCUCGCUCAAUGAACGAUACCCUCUACCAUCCGCCCGAAGCCGAGAUACAACAACGUCUCAUGGACCAGCACAACCAUCUCCUUCUGUGGAAAUCUGCAAGAAAUCUUUGUCUUUGCUUUGGAAUCUUUUACAGCCCCAGUACUGGGGUGAUCUUGACAUUGAUCUUUUCCCAAAUGUUACGAAAGAAGUCCUCGCAAGUGACAAAGCGACAGCGGCCCUUGCAAACGAACGCCCUGAUAAGGACAAGCCGGACGAUAAAUUUAUCACAAAUAUUGUCAAUACACUGCAAGUUGUUCGGAUUGUUGUCAACGUAAAGCCUGUCAAAUGGAUUCUCGAGAAAGUGCCAGAAAUCCAACAUAUUCUAGAGAAGGCACUGAAAUCCGAUAACCCAGAGAUUCAAGAUUGCUUGCAUGCUGGCAACGAAAAAAUCGACGAUGGACGGAAAUUGAGUCCUCUGCUCAAACGUAUCUUAGAGGCAGUUCCCGAUGAUACCCCAAUGGAAGAUGCAGACGCAGAGUCGGAACCGGAAGCCUCAACUUCUGAGAUCAUAACCUUCCUAUCUGCUAUAGCUACAGAGACGCUCCAGGCUAAUAACUACAUAUCUGGUCUCAACAUUCUUUGGACUUUAGCCCAGAGGAAAGCAUCGGAAAUGGAUCAGCAUAUCCAGCAAGUCAUGAAAGCUUUGCAGCAGAAAUUGGCGCGUGAGCAUGUAGGCCAUUACCAAGCAUUAACGGGCCAAGGUGCAAUUCCUGCCGCGAUGCGACCUGGCGAGGUUGAACCUGUUGGUCUUAUGACACCGUACGAUCUGGAAAUUCAAACUGGACUUACUCUCAAGGCCAUUGACAUAAUAUCAUUACGCAUGGAUACUCUCGCUGACAAUCGUCGUCCAUUCCUGAGCGUCCUCGCAACUUUGGUGGAAAAGUCAUUGAGUAAUCCAUUAUGUCUCAAAAUCUUGGAUAUGGUAGAAGGCUGGGUCUUUAAGUCAGAUGGCUCCUGGCCUACUUUGAAAGAGAAGACUGCUGUACUGCAUAAAAUGCUGACUUUUGAGCAACGCACGGAUCAGACGUUGUUGAUGAAGUUCUUGGAGCUCGUCAUUCGCAUCUAUGAAGAUCCGAAAAUCACGCGCACCGAGCUGACAGUUCGCAUGGAGCAUGCUUUCUUGAUCGGCACAAGAGCACAAGACGUAGACAUGCGAAAUCGAUUCAUGGCUAUAUUUGACAGAAGUCAGUCCAAGACGGCAAGUACAAGGCUCAAUUAUGUCAUCAUUGGACAGAACUGGGAUACUCUCGCAGAUUCUUAUUGGUUAGCGCAAGCUUCUCAAUUGCUGUUAGGUGCUGUGGAUUCUAAUCACUACAUCCACUUGCAUUCGGAUGACUUCAAGGUGAUGCCUGCUUCAGUACUUUAUGAGACUUAUGCAAAAGACAAUCGAACUCCUACCUUGCCACAAGACAAUAGAUUUGACAGUCUUAUGGCAUCUCACAGACGCUUUGUUGCUGAGCUAGGGGAUGUCAAAGUACGAGAUAUUGUUGAGCCUCUGAGCCAACUUCAGCAUCUUGAUCCAAACAUGGCUCAUGAGAUAUGGGUGGCUUUAUUCCCAAUAUACUGGAUUGCCACGCCAAAAGAUGAAAGAAGCGAACUGGAACGAGGCAUGGUGACUCUACUCACGAGAGACUAUCACUCGCGUCAAAUCGAUCGACGACCCAAUGUGGUGCAAUCUCUCCUGGAAGGUGCAGCUAAAGCGUGGCCCGAGUGUAAAUUACCACCCCACGUACUCAAGUUUCUGGCAAAGACCUACGAUGCUUGGUACACAGCCCUCGUACAACUUGAAAAAGCUGCUAUUAAACCUGAGAUUGAAAGCGAAUUGGUUCGGGAAAGCAAUCUCGAUGCCCUUGUGGAAUUGUAUUCUGGGCUUCAGGAAGAUGAUCUUUUCUACGGAACUUGGCGCCGCCGCUGUGCAUAUGUCGAGACUAAUGCUGCACUCUCAUACGAACAGAACGGGAUGUGGGAUAAAGCUCAAACCAUGUAUGAACAUGCUCAGAUUAAGGCACGAACAGGGGCACUCCCCUUCUCACAAGGAGAGUACAUACUAUGGGAAGAUCACUGGGUUUUAUGUGCCCAAAAACUUCAGCAAUGGGAAGUUCUUCAAGAUUUUGCGAAGCACGAGAACUUCCCAGACUUGCUUCUUGAGAGUCAUUGGAGGCAGUUUGACAUUUGGCAAGAGGCUGAGAGUCGUGAAUCAUUAGACAACAUCAUCAAAGGUGUUAUGGAUGCGCCAACACCAAGGAGAACGUUCUUCCAGGGUUUCAUGUCUUUGCUCAAGCUACACAAGAAGACUGAAACGCAAGCAGAUUUCAACAAAGUCUGCGACGAAGCUAUCCAACUUUCAAUCCGCAAAUGGCACCAAUUGCCCAAACGCAUUACCAACGCUCACAUUCCACUGCUCCAAAAUUUCCAACAGCUUGUAGAAUUACACGACGCUAGUGUUAUAUGUCAAAGCUUAUCGCAGACUACCGCUGCCAACCUGGAUGUCAAAUCGGGUGAACUGAAGCUUUUAUUGGGAACUUGGCGUGAUCGACUACCAAAUGUCUGGGAUGACAUCACAGCUUGGCAGGACCUUGUCACAUGGAGGCAGCAUAUUUUUGCUCUAAUCAACUCAACAUACUUGAAUCUUCUUCCCCAGCAAGCUCCAAAUGCCAAUGGUGCAUCCUUUGCCUAUAGAGGUUACCAUGAAACUGCUUGGAUCAUCAAUAGAUUCGCACAUGUAGCCCGCAAGCAUAAUCUACCUGAGGUUUGCAUCAAUCAACUAAGUCGGAUCUACACGUUACCAAACAUAGAGAUUCAGGAGGCUUUCCUCAAGCUUCGAGAGCAAGCAAAGUGUCACUACCAGAACCCUAACGAGCUGAACAAUGGUUUAGAUGUCAUCAACAACACCAAUCUGAAUUACUUUGGCCCUACCCAAAAGGCCGAAUUCUACACUUUGAAGGGCAUGUUCCAGGAAAAGCUCGGGUUACGUGAUGAAGCAUCCGAGGCUUAUGGAAUGGCAUUGUUUUUUGAGAUCAAGCUUCCAAAGGCCUGGGCUGAAUGGGGUUAUUUCAAUGAUCGCUUGUUCAAAGCGAAUCUGACUGACUACACGUUUGCCAGGAAUGCCUUAAGUUGUUACUUGGAAGCAGCCGGGUUGUUUAAGAAUGCGAAGUCUAGAAAACUCCUCACAAGAAUUCUCUGGUUAUUGAGUCUCGAUGAUGCUGAAGGUACACUUUCGAAACAAUUUGAUGAGUACAAAGGGGAAACACCGGUCUGGUAUUGGAUCACAUUCAUCCCUCAACUUCUCACAGGGUUGGGUCACAAAGAAGCUGCCAAGGCACAUCUUAUUCUGUCUAAAAUCGCAAAACAGUACCCUCAAGCGUUGUUCUUCCAGCUCAGAACAAAUCGUGAAGAUAUGCUUGCUAUCAAGAAGACGCAGGAAAUGAAGGAGGCUAAGAACAAGAGAGCCCAGACUCAAGCCCAAAACCAUGCAUCGAACGGUACCUCUAACCUCAAAACGGAAAUCACCAACGGCGCAAGAUCUGAAAGUGCCUCCGCAUCACGGCCUGGGACUGCAAGUGCCGAGGCUGCUCCUUCGAUCAAAACAGAGCCUGGAGAAACGAACGGAAACACUGCCAGUACAAACGGCGCUCCUGUCAACGGGGCCCCUGCUAAUGGUACGGCGAGUGCUUCACAAGAUGUCACAACAUCUCAGGCACCUCAAAAGAGACCUCCUUGGGAGUACACCGAAGAACUGUUGGGAACUUUGAAAACAGCGUUUCCAUUGUUGGCACUUUCCAUGGAAGCGAUGGUUGAUUCUAUUCAAAAGAAUUUCAAAUGUCCACCUGACGAGGAUGCAUAUAGAUUGAUAGUAGCCUUGCUCAAUGAUGGGCUUUCUUAUGUUAGCCGUACCCCAUCUUCGUAUGCUAAGGACACCAGACUACCGCCAGCGACAGAAGCAAACAUCACUCGCUUUGCAGAGACUAUUCUCCCCCCUCACAUUAGAACUUCGUUCGAACAGGAUUUCGUUAGGCACAAACCUACAAUGUUCGAGUAUAUUCACAAGCUUAGGAUAUGGAGAGAUAAGUUUGAAGAGAAACUGGAUCGUCGCACCCUGACAAUGCCGCUUGAAGGGUACAACUCUUAUCUUAUCGAUUUCCGUUUCCAAAAACUCGAUGAGAUAGAAGUCCCAGGGCAAUAUCUUCUCCACAAAGAUAAGAACCAAGACUUCGUUCGCAUUGAACGAUUCAUGCCUGAUGUGGAUCUCGUGCGUGCAAUUGGGGUCUGCCAUCGUCGUAUUAGAAUUCGUGGCCACGAUGGAAGUCUGCAUCCCUUUGCUAUACAGCAUCCUGCGGCACGACAUUGUAGACGAGAAGAACGCAUUUUGCAGUUGUUCAGACAUUUCAAUGGUAGCUUAAGCAAACGAAAGGAAAGCAGAAGACGUAAUCUGAACUUCCAUCUACCGUUGAUGAUUCCUCUUGCACCCCAUAUCAGAAUGGUGCAAGACGACCCAACCUAUAUCUCAUUACAGGGAGUGUACGAUGAUCACUGCAGGAGAAAUGGAGUUACUAAAGACGCGCCAAUUGUGUUCAAUAUGGAAAAGCAGAAACUUUUAUUCGAUCAAAAACAAAAGACAAGUAUCGAACAAUCUGCCACGGCUAAGCUCGAGACUUUUGCUGCUAUUCAAGAACGAUAUGUUGGCCCAUCCCUUGUUCUUGGAUAUUUUACGGAAACCUACCCAUCGUUCUCCGAAUUCUGGCUGUUCCGAAGACAGUUCUCUUAUCAAUAUGCAGCUCUUACAUUUAUGACGUAUAUUCUACAUAUGCAUAAUCGUUAUCCUCACAAGAUCACAAUUUCACGUGCCACAGGAAACAUUUGGGGAUCCGAAUUGAUGUCGUGUAUGGCAGCAGGCAAAGCACUUUUCCACAACCCUGAGCCUGUGCCAUUCCGCCUCACUCCCAACAUUCAGACACUUAUGGGACCAUUGGCUACUGAGGGUAUUUACAGUUGUGCCAUCAUGGCUAUUGCACGAUGCCUCACUGAACCUGAGUUUGAACUCGAACAGCAACUCUGUCUUUUCGUACGCGACGAAAUGAUAUUCUGGUUCACGAGCAGCCAUAGAACUACCACCAAAGAUACUGAUUUGAGGGACGCUGUUCAGAUAAAUAGUGACAUGAUCGUUAAGAGGGCAUUGAGCAUAGCUAAGUCGCCAGAAGGUGCGUUACCUGCUAACCAGACGGUCAUUGACUUGAUUGCCAAGGCAGUCAAUCCCAUGAACCUUGCGCAAUGUGACGCUCUGUGGAUGCCAUAUCUAUGA